AUGAAGAGGCAAUGGAGAGGACUGGUGGCGCAGAGGGCUCCCCAACCAGAGCAGGAGGAUCCCAAGAGGAAGUGCAAGAACUGUGGAGCCUUUGGGCACACAACAAGAAGUAUUAGGUGCCCCAUAAAGUGCUGGAGUGGGGCCACAGUACCCCAGGCCUUGGGCUCAGAAAAGGUGAAGAAGGAGAACCUGGAGCCAAAGAAGCCCCAGGAACCUCAAACCCUUUGGCCCUUUAACAACCUGGAAAGAGAGAAGGAACAAAGACAAAGGGAAGAAGAGCAUGAGAGGAAAGCUCUACUCCAGAAAUUUCCCAAGAGACCCAAAGAGAAACAGCAGCAAUAUUGGAAGGGAUCGACAGAAUCUUGUGACUACUUGAGGCACCCUUGCAGGCCCAUGCCCAUUCACACUUCCAAGACACGAUCUGUCCUGGACCCUGUUCUCAGAAACUGGCCACCUGUAAGGAAACCUGAUGGGAAAUCCAUCUUCCCUGCAUGGUCUCCUAUCCAAGAUCAUGAUCUGAGUUUUUUCUCACCUCAUGGACAAACUAAAGGACAAGAAGUGUAUAUCACUGAUUCUUCUCAGCUAGCAACCAAACACUUUGGACAGGACUCUACCCUCAUGGCCAAGACAACAGACAACAGAUGUGAUGCUUGUGCUUAUUAUGUUUCUCAGCCGGCCUCAAAAACAGUUGUCCUGGCCCAUGUCCUCAGCCCCCAGGCCGAAGUCGAGGGUCCUGAUAGGAUCUCAAAAUCCAGACUACAGUCUGUGAGACAUAGAAGGGGCCAGGACUCUCUACUCCACAUCAAGGCACCAGGAAAAAGAUCUGCACAGACCCCCAUACAGAAUUGCUUGAAUUCUGCAAAGGAAGCAAAACUCAUGACCCUCCAGAUCCUGCACCAGAACAGUCAGAAACAUAAUAUGCGAGGUGGCCAGCCCCUCUCCAAUACAAAAGAGUUUGGACCGAAAGGGCCACCCCAAGUCACCAGGAUGACAGACAUGCAGCCUCCACACAGUACACCUCAACUCAAUACUGUUGAAGCCAGCCCUACACUUCCACCCGCACUUUGUAGCCAUGUUCCACGACAGCCACUCAGAAUUGUCUUCACAAGACUGGACAAUGGACAGUGGAGCUCCAGGUUCAGAACAUCUCCCACCUCUCUCCCUCCUGAGUAG